AUGCUGGAGCCAAUUAUUUUGCCGGACUGCGGGCACACGUUCUGCAAAACGUGUAUUAGUAGGGUGCAACAAAACCCAACUACCAGCCAUUGCCCCCUUUGUAAAAAGCCUUUAUGGAGCUCCACACAACUGAAGACAAACUUCACCCUCAAAAAGCUUGUGGAGAAGAUCGAGGUAAAAUGUACAGCGUGCAACGAGAGGGGGAGCAUCGAAGUGGUAGCACGGCACACCUGCCCCGAUGCCCUCAUAUCCUGUUCGAAUAGGGGCUGCCAGCGCAGUAUUAAAAGAAAGGAUGAGCCGACCCAUAAGGAGGAAUGUCUCUACGCAGUCAUCUCAUGUGAACAAUGCCACCAGAAUACCACCGUGGCCAACAAGGAACUUCAUCUUGAAAAGACUUGCAUAAGGGGAGAAAUCCGUUGCCCUCUAAAAUGCAGGAAGCGUCCGAGAAGGAUGGAGUUGCAAACCCAUCUGCUUGUCUGCGAGGAGAGGCAGCGACAAUGUAGAGUCAAUGGAUGCCAUUUUGCUGGGAAUUUUAAGGAGAUGGAGCAACAUAACAAGGAGCAAGCAGAAAAGCACGUGUCACUGCUGACAGAGAUGGGUGAAAAGCUCUUAGACGUAUUACUUAAAAAGGACACGAAUGACUUGACCAAGACAAAAAUGGCACUCGGAGGUUUCUGUUGGUCCAUCUUUAACUUCAAACAAAUGGCAGCAGAUAUGCUACAAGCUCGAAACACUGCAGAACCUAUGGCCAGCGGAGUUUACGAAUUUGAAGAGUGUAGUUGGAGGAUGCUGCUGUACGUACGUCGCACAAAGUGCAAGUUAUUCUUGCAGUUGCACCGAGCCGUUCAUCCUGUACGAGCUUCAUUCAGAAUUGUCAUCGGGCUGGCAAACCCAGUAGUCAUUGAGCUGGAGCCAGAUCUUCGCCUGCGGGAAGGGGAGACCUUCGGGACUGAGGUUGCCCCGGCAAAACUGGAACGAGAGGCAGAAAAGAACUCCGGCUGGCUUUUUAUGGAAAUAUUUAUUGAAAGGUUUUCUUUUUCUUUGUAA